CCUUAUCUCCAGUGUCAAACUUGACAUCAGCCUGCAAGCGGAGCAUGGUAACUUCUCCAGCAAUCAGAGCUCUCCCCCUCACAUCAGUGGCAUGCUUCAUGGAGAUAUGCUCUUCUCACUGCCCUCUGCACCAGCAACAUGGAUUGUCACAUCUCCAUCCUCCUCUUUCUCAUCUGCUCAGCUCGCAGCUGCUUCGGGGAACUGAUUCUGCAGCCUACCAAUGAAGUGAAUCUCCUGGAUUCAAAAGCUAUUCAAGGGGAGCUGGGCUGGAUCUCCUACCCAGCACAUGGGUGGGAAGAGAUCAGUGGGGUUGAUGAACAUUACACCCCUAUCAGGACCUACCAGGUGUGCAAUGUUAUGGAUCAUAGUCAGAAUAAUUGGCUGAGAACAAACUGGGUCCCAAGAAACUCAGCUCAGAAGAUCUAUGUGGAACUCAAGUUUACCCUCAGGGACUGCAAUAGUAUCCCAUUGGUUUUGGGUACUUGCAAGGAGACUUUCAACCUCUACUACAUGGAGUCAGAUGAUGACCAUGGGGUCAAAUUCCGAGAACAUCAGUUUACCAAGAUUGACACGAUCGCAGCUGAUGAAAGUUUCACACAGAUGGACCUGGGCGAUCGUAUUCUCAAGCUCAACACUGAGGUUCGAGAAGUCGGCCCCGUGAGCAGGAAAGGCUUUUAUUUGGCUUUUCAAGAUGUCGGUGCCUGUGUUGCCUUAGUAUCUGUGAGGGUGUACUUUAAAAAGUGCCCUUUUACAGUGAAGAACCUGGCAAUGUUUCCAGAUACAGUACCGAUGGACUCCCAGUCCCUGGUGGAAGUCCGAGGUUCUUGUGUUAAUAAUUCUAAGGAAGAGGAACCACCCAGAAUGUACUGCAGCACAGAAGGGGAAUGGCUGGUGCCCAUUGGCAAAUGUUUAUGCAAUGCUGGCCAUGAAGAGAGGGGCUAUGUUUGCCAAGCUUGUCGACCAGGGUUCUACAAGGCCUCUGCUGGUAAUUUGAAGUGUUCCAAGUGUCCACCCCAUAGUUCUACCCAGGAAGAUGGCGCCGUGGACUGCAGGUGUGAGAAUAAUUACUUCAGAGCAGACAAAGACCCUCCAUCCAUGGCUUGUACCCGACCUCCAUCUGCACCGAGAAAUGUUAUAUCUAAUAUCAACGAGACUUCUGUUAUACUGGACUGGAGUUGGCCCCUGGACACAGGAGGCCGGAAGGAUGUGACCUUCAACAUCAUAUGUAAAAAGUGCGGGGGGAGUGUUAGACAGUGUGAGCCAUGCAGCUCCAAUGUUCACUUCUUGCCACGGCAAUUUGGACUAAGCAACACCACGGUGACAGUGAUAGACCUUCUAGCACACACUAACUAUACAUUUGAAAUUGAUGCAGUUAAUGGAGUAUCUGACAUGAGUUCAUCUCCUCGACAGUUUGCCGCAGUCACCAUAACAACCAACCAGGCUGCUCCAUCACCUGUCACCAUAAUUAGAAAGGACCGGACAUCCAGAAACAGUGUCUCGUUAUCUUGGCAAGAACCCGAACAUCCUAAUGGAAUCAUCCUGGACUAUGAGGUCAAGUACUAUGAAAAGCAGGAGCAAGAGACAAGUUAUACUAUUCUGAGGGCAAGAGGCACGAAUGUUACCAUCAGUGGCCUCAAACCUGAUACCACUUACGUCUUCCAAAUCCGAGCCCGGACAGCAGCUGGAUAUGGGACCAACAGCCGCAAGUUUGAGUUUGAAACUAGUCCAGAUUCGUUCUCCAUCUCUAGCGAGAAUAGCCAGGUUGUCAUGAUAGCCAUUUCAGCUGCAGUUGCAAUUAUUCUUCUGACAGUUGUGGUGUAUGUCCUGAUCGGGAGAUUUUGUGGCUAUAACAAAUCAAAGCAUGGUACAGAGGAAAAAAGACUUCAUUUUGGGAAUGGACACUUAAAGCUCCCAGGUCUCAGGACAUAUGUAGACCCCCAUACAUAUGAAGACCCUAACCAGGCUGUCCAUGAAUUUGCCAAGGAGUUGGAUGCUACCAGUAUAUCCAUUGACAAAGUUGUUGGAGCAGGUGAAUUUGGAGAAGUAUGUAGUGGCCGCUUGAAGCUUCCUUCCAAAAAAGAGAUUUCAGUAGCCAUCAAAACUCUCAAAGUAGGAUACACUGACAAGCAGAGGAGAGACUUCUUGGGGGAAGCCAGUAUCAUGGGCCAGUUUGACCAUCCCAAUAUCAUUCGACUUGAAGGAGUUGUUACCAAAAGUAAACCGGUCAUGAUUGUCACAGAAUACAUGGAGAAUGGCUCCUUGGACAGCUUCUUACGAAAACAUGAUGCCCAGUUUACAGUCAUUCAACUAGUAGGAAUGCUUCGAGGGAUAGCCUCUGGAAUGAAAUAUUUGUCAGAUAUGGGCUACGUUCAUCGUGAUCUUGCUGCCCGCAAUAUCCUCAUCAACAGCAACCUGGUGUGCAAGGUUUCUGAUUUUGGCCUCUCGAGAGUUCUAGAAGAUGAUCCAGAGGCUGCUUACACAACAAGAGGGGGAAAGAUCCCAAUUCGAUGGACAUCUCCAGAAGCAAUUGCAUAUCGCAAGUUUACGUCAGCCAGCGACGUAUGGAGCUACGGAAUUGUUCUCUGGGAGGUGAUGUCCUAUGGAGAGAGACCAUACUGGGAGAUGUCCAAUCAGGAUGUAAUUAAAGCUGUGGAUGAAGGCUACCGACUGCCACCUCCCAUGGACUGCCCAGCUGCCUUAUAUCAGCUGAUGCUGGACUGCUGGCAGAAGGACAGAAACAACAGACCCAAGUUUGAGCAGAUUGUCAGCAUUCUGGACAAGCUUAUAAGGAAUCCCAGCAGUCUGAAAAUCAUUACCAAUGCUGCAGCAAGGCCGUCAAACCUUCUCUUGGACCAAAGCAGCGUGGACAUCCCCGGCUUCCGCACGCCGGGAGACUGGCUCAACGGCAUCCGGACGGGGCAGUGCAAGGACAUCUUUACCGGCGUGGAGUACAGUUCUUGCGACACCAUAGCCAAGAUUUCCACGGACGACAUGAAGAAGGUCGGUGUGACCGUCGUUGGGCCACAGAAGAAGAUCAUUAGCAGUAUUAAAGCUCUAGAAACACAUACGAAGAACGGCCCUGUUCCUGUGUAGAGAAGCAGCUGGAUGAGACCUCAACAAAAGCGGUUGCUGCUCAGGGUGCAGCGACACUUGGAGUUAGCGUAUAUCAGCAUUGAGAAUAUUGGUGCAAGUUCCAUGCCCACAAAGACACUCAACUAUGAGUAAAAAAUGCCUUAAAAUUGGAGUGAUAAACUUUUUUGCUAUCAUUUGAUGGAUGGUUGGAUGGAUGUUUUUUUUUUCCCCUUAUAGUAAAUGAGUGAUUACACAUUCAGAAAAUUCAUUUAAGUCCUUCAGAACAAAAUUGUGAACGAGGAGCCAUUAAACAUAAACUGAAUACCAUAAAAGAUACACAAGUGAAAAUCAUAAUGGACACAUGGGCUGCGUUUGAUAAUAGCAGUCCAGAUUGAAGAAAAAAACAUACCGUAUUUUUAUACACAAAAGAGAUCUGUAACAAGUAUUUUGUUUCCUUAAAAACAAGCAAGAUAGAGGACUUUAUACCUCAACCUGACCAUAUUGACUAUCCUGUCAUUUCAAUACUCUUUCAUCUGUUCAGUAAUAUACAGAAAUAAAGUUUGUGAUGAUUUUAAGUAAUAAUUUACUAAUGUUUCCUUGGCCUUAUGUUAGAUUCCGCAGUCUGUUCCUGGAAAAAAAGUGUCUUAAUUUUUGGGAAAAGAUAUUUAUUUUCUUUUGUAUUUUUGUUGUUUUAUAUUUAUGUUUUGAUGUUUGAAUUUGGAAUUGUUACUGCCAAGUGCCAAAUGCUUCCUCAAAGAGUCGGUAUUAGGGAAUAUAAUUAAUUAGACAAAUAGUACCAUGAAUUAGUUUCUAAAUUUAUUGAACAUCCACUCCUCUUCUUUAUGAAUAUGUAUAUGUCUUUAUCUAAGAAUGAAAAAUAAAAACUAUUUUCCAUUUCAUGCAUUAAAAUAAGCCCUGAGAGUUCAACCAUUUUGUGUCUCAAUUUAUUGAUGAGAUAUGUUAAGCUCCUAGCUUAGUGUAUUAUACAAGCUUGUAAUUAUAUAUAUACAUAUAUAUAUAUUUCCUACUAGGUAGCACUGACCUAUGACUCCCUUCAUCGGUAAAGCUACUCUCCCUAUUCCAUAUUCUUUGGGUAGAUAUUGGCAAUGUUGGAAUGAAUUGGAAUACGAUUCCCAAUUGCUCACAUAAAGUCUAUCUGCUGAUUACAACACAGUGUCUUUAUGUCCACAAAUAGAUCAUUUCACAGUGAUAAUGAUUUAUAACUUUUCUUCCCAAAUAAUAAACUUUUACCAUUUGCCAAAAUAAGGCAACAAACCAAUAGGCUAAAGCAUGGGCCAAAAGUGUUAUAUCUUUGGGAAAGACAUUUAUUCUCACUGCUUCAGAUUAUAAGCCUGUUCGCAGUAGAUGAUCAUUUUUAUCAACACCUAUUUCACUUUGGUUUUAUGUCAAUGAAUUCAAAAAUGUUGACAUCACAUCAUUACAACUAAGGGUCUUCCAUUACAUAGUCUUGUGGUUAUAUUAAUAAACAAAGUCCACAUUAAAUUGCAGGUUUAAAUGAAGCUUUUUAAAAAAUCUAUUUAGCAGCUCAGCAUCUAAGACUCUGUCGCCAUAUAUCCAAUGGCUCAAAAUCUAUAGAGAAUGAAGUAUAGCCAUUCUCAGUAGGAGCUAAGAUUUGCAACAAAAGUUGAUUAUGAACAUGCUCAGAAGUAUUGAAGAACCUGUACCUGGUAGAAAACUAAUAAUAUAUCCUGGGAAAUGAUUUUAUCUCUACCUGUGCUCUUUUUAAACUGCUUUAAGCUUGAAAUAUUUAACAUGUCAGUGGGAAAGGAAGUGUUUAUUCCACAAUAAGUAAAAGGCACAUAAGCACCCCUACCCACAAAGAACAACAAAUGUCAUCUUUUGGUACAGUGUCUGGAAGAAUGUAAAUUCACUUAUGUGAUAUAAGAUGUAAUCCUAGGUAAAAAUUCACGAAUGCUGAUCCAUGUUACCUUUGGUGCAAGCUGGGUCAAUUUGCUACUUCAGCUUUGAGAUGAAUAACUCAAAUUCUCUCGAUGUUGCUUGUAAUUAACUGAAUUUAUUAGAAUGCUUUAUAUGAUGGAAGAGAGCAUAUAAUAGUUGCUCUUCACCAUCUAUUAAGAAUACUAAGUUUAAAUCACUACCUUAAAUCUUCUUUAAGGUUAUCAGGAAGAAGAACAAGUUAUUGCCUUCUUAGGUUUUUUCAAAGAGGAAGAAUGCAGUUUCUAUGAUCAGGUGACUGCUUGAGUUCUAAACCUGUACCCAACCUCAUAUUCUCCAUCUUGCAUUUCCUUUCUUAGUUGUCAUGGACAUACUUAAAAGGAAAUGAUUCAUUUCAUGGAAUCUCAGUAAAUUUGGGUUUAAUUGUUUAAUUUCAUUUAUGUGGGCUUUGGUUUCCAAUUACAAGUAGGAAUUGUUUACACAAAAUCUUCCUCUUCCUUUCUACAUUUGAUUUGUAAGUGACCUCUUAUGAAAUGACUCUACACAAUUCUUCCCUGUACAUAUGUAAACAUACCAGUGUACGAUGCUUAACUGUGGAGUAGAGGUACUAGAAUGCUUGUGGCCAUCUCUUUGUACACAACUGCAUUGAUUUCCAGCCAACCCAAAUGAGAAACUCAUUUCACAAAGUUAUGUACCAUAUUAUCUGUUUUUUAUAUCUUAAAUAUAAUUUGCAUAUAUUAUUUAUUUCUGUUAACAUACCUAGUUUGUGCUGUACUUAGCAUUCAAUAAGCAAUGUAUAAAUGUGUUUUGAUUGGCAAUCUGUAUUUACUUUAACUUGUAUUUUCAAAGCAUUACUCAAUUAGUUUUAUGUUGUGCAAUUGUAGAUGGCCUCUUACUAAUGUAAAAUGAUUUGUAGUGGAAACAUUUAUAUUUUUAUAAUAAACAUAAUGAAAGUAUUUUUUAAA